CGGCUUCCUGAGCGUCUGGUGGCGGCCGCCAUUUUGUGGUGCCGCUUCCCUCUCCCGCUCGGGAUCUGCGGCCGCGGGACCUGGCGCGGGGGCGACGCGGAGCGGGGGGAGCCGGGGCCGCCCGCACCCUCCUCACCUUCCCUUCGCCUCCGUGCGCCGCCGAGCCCCUCCGGCGCUGCCCCCGGGCGCGGCUGCGGAGAGCGGCGCUCGCCCACCAUCAUGGAAGACGACGGGCAGCCCAGGACCCUCUAUGUAGGAAACCUGUCCAGAGAUGUGACUGAGGUUCUCAUACUUCAGUUAUUCAGCCAGAUUGGACCAUGCAAAAGCUGUAAAAUGAUAACAGAGCAUACAAGCAAUGACCCUUAUUGCUUUGUGGAAUUUUAUGAACACAGAGAUGCAGCUGCUGCAUUAGCUGCUAUGAAUGGGAGAAAAAUUUUGGGAAAGGAGGUCAAAGUAAACUGGGCAACAACACCAAGUAGCCAGAAAAAAGAUACAUCCAAUCACUUCCAUGUGUUCGUUGGGGAUUUAAGUCCAGAAAUAACAACAGAAGACAUCAAGUCAGCAUUUGCUCCUUUUGGUAAAAUAUCGGAUGCACGGGUAGUUAAAGAUAUGGCAACUGGAAAGUCAAAAGGCUAUGGUUUUGUAUCUUUUUAUAACAAACUGGAUGCAGAAAAUGCUAUUGUACACAUGGGAGGCCAGUGGUUGGGAGGCCGCCAGAUCAGAACUAACUGGGCAACAAGGAAACCACCAGCCCCUAAAAGUACACAAGAAAAUAAUACAAAACAGUUGAGAUUUGAAGAUGUAGUAAAUCAGUCAAGUCCAAAAAAUUGUACUGUGUACUGUGGAGGAAUUGCCUCGGGGCUAACAGAUCAGCUUAUGAGACAGACUUUUUCACCCUUUGGACAGAUUAUGGAAAUAAGGGUGUUUCCAGAAAAAGGUUACUCAUUUGUCAGGUUUUCAACCCAUGAAAGUGCAGCACAUGCUAUUGUUUCAGUUAAUGGAACCACAAUUGAAGGACAUGUUGUUAAAUGUUAUUGGGGUAAAGAAUCCCCUGAUAUGACUAAAAACUUCCAGCAGGUGGAUUACAGUCAGUGGGGACAAUGGAGCCAAGUAUAUGGAAACCCACAACAGUAUGGGCAAUAUAUGGCUAAUGGGUGGCAAGUACCAUCAUAUGGAAUGUAUGGCCAAGCAUGGAAUCAACAGGGUUUUGGAGUAGACCAAUCUCCAUCUGCUGCCUGGAUGGGUGGAUUUGGUGCUCAACCUGCCCAGGGCCAAGGUGCUCCUGUAAUACCUAACCAAGCUGGAUAUGGUAUGGCAAGCUACCAAACACAGUGAGCUGGGACUCUGUUUAAAAGUGUGUAUUUCAUGAUAGGCUGCAGUUUCCAGUGACAUUCUGAAGACUGGAAUGUAGACAAUGAAAAAACAAAAGAAAAUAUUUAUUUUAAAAAUGGAAAUGUUUGGAACCUUUAGCACAGCUUUGCUUUGGUGAAGGACACAAAUGUCUUCUAGUUCUGCCUUUUUAAGUUUUUGUUCAUGAUGGAUAUGAACAUGUUUUUCUUUGUGUACAAAACUUCAAAAUAAAGUCAAUAAAGACAA